AUGGCGGCAAUCAGCAGCAACGCCGGGGAAGAAGAAGAAGAAGAAGAAGAAGAAGGACGAGAAAUCACCACCGCCAGGCCUUCAGCCGUGGACUACCACCUGCAGCAUCCAUGGAGACUCUGCUCCAUCGAACAAGUGGAGGAUGCCAAAUCGGUGGUCAAGGUGCUGCUGAUGUGGGCUCCCGCCGUCAUCUACCAGAUGGUGUCGUCGGAGCUCCAAACUCACGGAUACGCCCAGGCAUCUGCCAUGGACAGGAAGAUUGGCACCAAGCUGAAACUCCCGGCGGCUUCAACGGGGAUCUUCUCGGCGGUGGCCCUCACCACGUGGGUCGCACUCUACAACAACGUCAUCAUCCCACUCGCCAGAAAGAGGAGAAGCAGUGGUGCUCAGAACCGCAUCAAAAGGCUCCUGGAGCUGUCCACACUGAAGAGAAUGGGGAUCGGCAUGUGCAUCUCCACCCUUGCUGUGGCUGUGGCGGCGAUUGUGGAAGGCCAGCGCCGGCGACGCGUGGAACCGCCGUAUGUUUUUGGCUGGUGCCGCAGCUGGUGCUCCUCGGAGUCGCCGACGGGUUUAACGGCGUGGCUCAGAUAG